AUGUGGAGUUUUAAAAAUCACGAUCAAACGAUCGUGCAGCUUUUACUUGCUGUUGCGAUCGGUCUGGAUCGAGCGAGAACAACGUGGAGCUGCAGUUGUGUACCGGAGAGGUUAUGUCCAGUACCGGACGUCGAUUUACGUCUUACAAUCGCGGAAGACGAAUGUCCUCUAGGGAUGGUGUGCUGUGAUGUGGCUGUUAGUGACACUCCCAAGCAGGUCGUUGAAGGUUUGCCCACGUUUUGUGAGGGCACAUGUGUGGCUGAUCAGGGAAAGUGCUUCAAUGAUGCGUACGACGAGUACGGAUCGGAUCUGAUCGACAUCCGGCUAACGGGGGAUAAUGGCUGCCCGGUUGGUCAGUACUGUUGCCGAGAUUCGGUAGAAGCGAGCCCAACCUGUGACGGAUCAUGCCUCCCGAGAUCACUCUGCACAAUGUUCGAAGCGCCACGUGUUGAGGGUUGCGCAGAAGGUAAGGUUUGCUGCCACAUGAACCAUGCGACCUGGAUGGGACUCGUCAACGACAUCAACGAAAUGGUGGUACCAGUUCCACGAGGAUCACAGCAGUGUGACUGGAGUCCUCAGUCGACCGACUCUCGCAAUCCACCGUGGCUCGUUUCCGUUUGGUCUAGGUUAGAAAUCAUUCCCGGACUUCAACUCGAUCAGUUCAUGUGCUCAGGAGUUCUGAUGGAUCCCGCGCUAGUACUAACCAUCGCCAGCUGCGUGGAACCGCUACCUGUCGAGGAACUGUUCGUGAACAUCGGCGAUCAUGACAUCUCGAGCCGUUCCUCGCUUCGUGCAGAAAAUAUCUACACGAUCGAGCAGAAAGUCGUCCACGAAGAUUACAACAUCUCUGCUCCGAUGCACCAUAAUGUCGCUCUGCUGCGUAUUUCUGGCACUGUUCGUAACGGUGGCUGCCAACCCCAGCUAAGCUCUGAAAAGAGUCUCAACAACUGCUACACGAUCGGGUGGGAUCGCCAGCUCCUUGCGACGGGAAAAUCCAGCAUUCCCGUACAGCACGAUGCACGGGUGAAAGGAUUCGACGAGGAUCUAUUCUGUGCUCCUGGAACCAUUUGUCUGGAUAGUGCGGGUGGAAACUGCGAAGGCGAAUCCUUGCCAGGAUCACCUGUAGUUUGCCAGGGGACCAACUCACAACAACCUUGGCCACUACGAGGUCUGCUGGUUGGUAAUUGCACCGGAAUAGCCACGGAUGGCAUCGCAGCUUGGGUGAAUCAUCAGCGCGCUCCGGAGUUUGUGCAGAAACCGAAAGCAACGGAUCCCUCCCGGCAAUAUCUGCCCGUUCUGUAAACAAAAUACUCUUCCUGGCCAUUGAGGAACACCGAG